UGGCUGAGGGGCGGCUGCUGCAUCCUCGCAGUGAGCUCAUUCUCCCCGGAGGGAGCGGGAUUUACAGUGCAUCACCCAGCAACUGCAGCCUCCUGCUGAAAUUCAUCUUUAGCUUCUCCUCAGUUAGGCUGCUCUGAGGCUUCACUUUGGGGGUGUGUACAUGGGACCGUCUUCCCAUCUGAGAUCAUGCAGGAGGGCUCACACUUGACUCCAUAAGAUUUUGGAACCUCCAGGACCGCCCUCGUCGAGCGGAUGUUUGUGGGAGAGGAAUGGUGUUAAUGGUGUUAAUCCCCAGCGCUGCCGCCUUCGGUGGGUGCUGCAGCCCAUCCCCCUAGAGCAUCGUCACGAUACAUCUCCACCAAGGCUGCUGCCCUGUACUGUUAAGCCUCGUUACUCGUGCUCGGACAGGGAAAAGUGCUGCUCUGUUGGGGUUUUGAGGAUGAGUCAGGAUGAAUAAACCAAUGCAUUGAAGGUCAUCGUCCCAAAAGAUCGUUAUCCACAUUAAUAAGGCACGUAGGAAAAUGUAGUGGGACGGCGGGAAGGAGGAGAAGCCCGAGCGAGCACUGGGACGAGGCCCUGGGGCAGCGCUCCCCUCGCUGCCGCGCGGCCUCACCAUGUCCAAGAAGGGCAGCAGCAGCCGAGCCAGGGGGGAGAGGCCGGACGCCUUGGCCGCCCUGCAGGCUGCCAACGAAGAGCUCAGGGCCAAGCUCACCGACAUCCAGAUAGAGCUCCAGCAGGAAAAGAGUAAGGUCAGCAAGUUGGAAAGAGAGAAAAAUCAGGAAGUUAAGCAGAUCAAAGAGCACGAACAGCAUAAAAGUACAGUGGUGGUAACAGAGCUCAAAGUCAAACUUCAUGAGGAGAAAAUGAAGGAGCUCCAAGCUGUUCGAGAAGCACUUUUGAGACAGCACGAAGCUGAACUACUUAGAGUAAUAAAAAUUAAAGAUAAUGAAAUCCAGAGACUGCAGACCCUUCUCAAUGCUGUACGGGAUGGGGCUCCUGACAAGGUGAAAACGGUGCUGCUCACGGAGGCGAAGGAGGAGGCCAAGAAAGGGUUUGAGGUUGAGAAAAUAAAAAUGCAGCAAGAAAUUUCAGAGCUGAAGGGGGCAAAGAAACAAGUGGAAGAGGCUUUGACUAUGGUCAUCCAAGCUGAUAAAAUCAAAGCAGCAGAGAUCAGGAGUGUGUACCACCUGCAUCAAGAGGAAAUCAACAGAAUUAAGAGGGAGUGUGAGAGAGAAAUUCGUAGACUGAUGGAGGAGAUUAAGUUUAAGGACAGAGCAGUCUACGUGCUGGAGAGAGAGUUAGGGGUCCAAGCCGGGCAUGCUCAGAGACUGCAGCUCCAAAAGGAGGCUUUAGAUGAACAACUUUCCCAGAUCAAAGAGGCCGAUCGGCAUCUGAGCAGCCCCAAGCGGGAACUUCCUUAUGCAAGUGGUGCAGGAGACGCCUCAGAUCAUUCGGGAAGCCCCGAACAGCAGUUGGAUGAAAAGGAUGCCCGUCGUUUCCAACUGAAAAUCGCCGAGCUGAGUGCCAUCAUCAGGAAGCUGGAGGACCGGAACGCGCUGCUGUCGGAGGAGAGGAACGAGCUGUUAAAACGUCUCAGAGAAGCUGAAAGUCAGUAUAAGCCCAUUUUGGACAAAAACAAGCGCCUUAGUAGAAAGAAUGAAGAGUUGUCACAUGCCUUACGUCGAAUGGAGAAUAAAUUAAAGUUUGUAACGCAAGAAAACAUAGCGAUGAGGCAAAGAGCUGGAACGAUAAGGAGACCGAGCUCUUUAAACGACCUUGACCACAGCCAGGAAGAAAGAGAAGUCGAUUUCCUGAGACUACAGGUCAUUGAACAGCAAAACAUCAUUGAUGAACUCUCCAAGACCCUGGAAACUGCUGGCUAUGUGAAGAGUGUCAUGGAACGUGAUAAGCUCCUAAGGUAUAGGAAGCAAAGGAAAAAGAUGACCAGAAUUCCUAAGAAGCCGGUUGUGGAGACGUUUUUUGGCUACGAUGAAGAAGCUUCCCUGGAGUCCGAUGGUUCCUCUAUCUCGUAUCAAACUGACCGGACAGAUCAAACCCCUUGCACUCCUGAAGAUGACUUGGAAGAGGGCAUGGCCAAGGAGGAGACGGAGCUGCGGUUCCGGCAGCUGACCAUGGAGUACCAGGCUCUGCAGCGCGCGUACGCCCUAUUGCAGGAACAGGUCGGAGGAACAUUGGAUGCAGAACGAGAAGUUAAGACACGUGAGCAGCUCCAAGCAGAAAUCCACCGAUCCCAGGCUCAAAUAGAAGACCUGGAGAAGGCCCUCGCUGAGCAGGGGCAGGACAUGAAGUGGAUUGAGGAGAAGCAAGCAUUGUACAGAAGAAAUCAAGAACUGGUAGAAAAGAUAAAACAAAUGGAAGCUGAGGAAGCUCGCUUGAAACACGAUGUGCAGGACGUUAAGGACCAAAACGAGCUCCUGGAGUUCAGGAUCCUGGAGCUUGAGGAGAGAGAGCGACGGUCGCCUGCCAUCAACUUCCACCACGGCCCUUUCACCGAGGGGAAGAGCCCUCUCCAGGUGUACUGCGAGGCAGAAGGUGUAACAGACAUAGUAGUAGCAGAGCUGAUGAAAAAAUUGGACAUUUUAGGGGAUAACGCCGUAAGUAAUCUGAGCAAUGAAGAGCAAGUGGUUGUCAUACAGGCAAGGACAGUUCUCACGCUGGCUGAGAAGUGGCUCCAGCAGAUUGAGGUGACGGAGUCUGCGCUGCAGCAGAAGAUGCUGGAUCUCGAGAACGAAAAGGAGCUCUUCAGCAAGCAAAAGGGCUACCUGGAUGACGAGCUGGACUUCAGGAAACAGUCCUUGGACCAAGCUCACAAGCAAAUUCUGGAAUUAGAAGCCAUGCUCUAUGAUGCCCUGCAGCAAGAAGCUGGAGCCAAAAUUUCCGAACUUCUUUCAGAAGAGGAGAAAGAGAAGCUGAAGAGCGCGGUAGAGCAAUGGAAGCGGCAGGUGAUGAGUGAGCUGCGGGAGAGGGACGCCCAAAUCCUGCGGGAAAGGAUGGAGCUCAUCCAACACGCACAGCAGAGAAUUAAAGAGCUAGAAGAAAGAAUUGAAGGCCAAAAAAGACAAAUAAAAGAGUUAGAGGAAAAGCUUUCAUUCUUUGGUCAUAGUCCUUCAGGCCACACGCAAAAGCCUACCGAGGAAGCUGGAAUUGCUCCUUCUGUUACUAACAGGAAGACAGCACUGAUUACCAAGACACAAAAAGAGACAUGGCCAUUUCAGGAACUUCAAAUAUCUCUCACAUUUUGCUGCCGGCGAUGGAAGGUGCAAUCCUUCUCACCCUUUCAGACUGCAGCUGAAGUAGGGUGUGUGGAAGUGUCUGCGCGGGUGGUGCCUGCGCCACCGGACCCUCUGAGCGUUGGGAAAAGCCAGAAUUGAGCUGACAAAGACGAAAGCCAAAAACCCCUUCCCUCCCUCCCUCCAGCCAUGGGCUCCUUCCUGGGGUCCUGGCUCUGCUGCUCGAACUGACUUUCAGUGGAAGUCCUGGCUCUGCUGCUUGGAAUAGCUCUCGGCUUUGCUCACGGAGCUCUACGGUGAUUCAGGUCAACUGAAUGUCUUUGGUUCCCUGCUAAGCAGGCAGCACAUCGCUUCUCUGGAGAAGUGCCCGUCUCCUCUUUUGUAUGUCCCGCAUUUAUAUUUGUUAUUCAUAGUUAUUUGAAAAUCUGUCUUGAAAAAGAGAUUUUAGGAAGAGUUCCAGAGGAGUAACUCACGACAAGAUACAAGUGAAUGAAAAGGAAGCGGUUUGUUCGUGGCGCGGGGUACACCAGGGCUGGCUGAACACCCCGGGGGCCCAGCUUCAGGGAGAAACCUGAGGGUGUGUUUGAACCCUCCAGCAAAUCAAGUUGUAGUUUUGGGGGGAGUUUUCAGCAGACCGUGGCCCCCAGCACCAUGAGAAAUACGGCACCAUCAUUUAUAAUUUGCUGUCCCUAAAUGAUGACAAAAGACCUAACGUUGUCCCAACAAAAAUGUCAACCUGGGAAGGAGUGAGUGGGCGACACGUUCUGCGGCCCCGCGGGCGCUGGGCUGGGGCGACACAAGAACCUGGGGACAAGGGACCCUGGGCCCGGGAGGUGGUGCCGGAGCUGGGAAGGAGAAAUGGAUCCUCCAGAAAAACAGGUGGAGGAGGGAGAAUCCAGAAGAAAUCCCCGCGGUGAGAGUCGCCAGGACAGGCUCCCGUCCACAGCUUUCCACGGCCACCGUGUCACCGAGGUCCCCGAGGGCAGGAGGUGGGGGGAGCUGCCCUCCCCCGGGAGCGAGGGGCAGGAACCAGAGCCAGAGCCCCUGGCAGGACCCUGCUCUGCUUCCCAGACGUGUGUGGAGUUUAUAAAGCUACGAAGAAAAUCCCUUGAUACCGAGAUUCCAAAAACUCUCCGGAUACUUGUGCAUCAAUCGCCUGCUUCAAACCGGACGGUGUGAACAGCAAAGGGAGCUAGACUACAAAAAUGUAAGGAAAUUAAUUGUUAAGAGAAGUGUUACAUUUGUACUGAAGUAACAUGGCAUUUUAAGUCAAAAGUUAUGGAUUUUGAUAUCAGCAUAUCAUUCUAUUAUAAAAGUAAUUUAACAAAGUCCAAUUCUACCAGAUACCAAUAUCAGGAUUACAUGGAUGGGCUGCAUUUUUACUUCCUGCAUUUCGUGCUUAAAACAUUGUUAAACCCUAAGUGUCCGUUGGGAGUUCUGCUUAAAUACUCCAUGUCUUAACAUACUUCAUUUAUGGGAAGAACUGCAAGCAGCAGGAGAGGUCCCUGCCUGCAGCCUGAGGCCCGGCCGGGCCAGCACCCCUCAGACCAAAGGGGCCGCGGGGCUGACCCCUGGGGGCUGCUGGGGACCCGGAACGGGGGCCACCAGCCCCUUUGAUGUGGCCUGGACCCAUCGCAUCUCUCUUGGCUCAGGCCGUGCUUCUGCACCUCCUGUGGACGUGUCUGCAGUUCCAGUUCUGUUUUCCCAUUAAUUAGACUUUUUUAAUCAUGUUUUUUUAAUUGAGAAGCUAACUGUACAGGACAGGUACGUGUGUAAAUAAGGGAUUAUGCUUAUGUAUAUGUUAAUAUUUAUAUGUAAAAAGAUAUGUACAUAGGAAAGAAAAAAAAUGGCUCAAAGAAUGUUUUCAAAACGGUUUAUUUUACAAAUGCACAGCCAGGAAAGUCACAUAAACGUGCUCCUUGAUUUCAGCGUGAGGGUUUUCGCUCGGUUGCCAGUCCCUUUGUGUUCGAAGGGGGGGCUGCAGGAGGGUCUGUACCGUGAGGCCUUGGCCGUGGGAGGGGUCGUUCCGGAGCCGCUGCCCCCCUUCGCCCCGGGAUGAGCCGGGUGGGAUCUCGUUUGCCCUCCGGCCACCAGCGCUCCUCACCGGGGAGCGUCCUGCGGGGUUCCCCCGCCCUCCCUCCAGCUGCCACCCGUGGGGCCGGAGGAGCCGGGUGUCUCCCCGCUGCGUGACCCACGCACCCCGGGAGGACCCGAGCAGGGCGGGGAGGGAAUCCCGGGUGGAUCCUGCCCGGGUGGGUCCUGGCGGGUGACACCGCGGUGGCCCCGGCCGCGUCCCGGAGCGAUGUGUCUGACUGCGAUCCGCGGGAGCCGCGGGGGUUUGUCAGCGGCCGGGGGCUCCAGGCCCGGCCUGGGUCGGGCUGUGGGAGGCCCGUGGCUGCUCUGACCGUCUCCUGCCCCAGCGACACCCGUAGCCUUCAGCGUUCCCCCGAGUGCCUUACCCACCCGCCGGCAGCGCUCCGGACCGCGGGGACAACGCGCCCGGGCUCCCUCGGGGGGAGCGACCCCCGGCCCCCGUGGGCAGCGUGUGUCCGCACCGCGCGGGGCCUCGUUAGACUCAGGAAAUCCGGGUGUGAUCAGUGCGUGGGACCUGCCGCGGACCGUGCUGGGAAGAGGAACUAUUGUAAACUUAUGCAAAACGUAAACCAGAGAAAACUUUUUUUUUUUUUUCCUGCUGGGCAGCGCGCCCCGAGCCGUGCUGUGACACAGCCCCCCGACCCCGUCCCCACACCCACCCCGUGGGUCAGUGCGGAGGCAGCCAGUGAGAGGCCAGACCAGGGCUGGAGGGAUCAAUUGCAGAAUUUUACACAUAUUUUUGUAUUGUGAUUCAUAUGAUAUAUAUCGAGAGACUUUCUAUUCAUUUGUAAAAUACAUAAAUUAUUGUAAACUUUUAAUAAAAAGAUCUGUUUUAAAUCUUCAAA